AUGAGUGAGGGGAUGCUAUCUAAGUCGACCCUGCUACUGUUGAUAUACGAAAUAAUAAAAGUAAAUAGUGACAUUUUGAAGAACAGUGAGUUGGAGUUAAGUACAGAUGCCUCUGACGAUGACAACGCUGGGGGGGAAUCUACGGAAAAGAGGUUACCUUAUGGUAUGGAAGAGGAUCAGGCGGGAACUCCGCCGCUGGAGGAGGGUAAUAUGAAAGCAGCAAUUCUGAACGCUGCCAAUGGAAAUCUACUAGGAGAUCACUCCACUUCCCCCAACGCGCAUAAGCCAAGUGGUACAGGCAAGGACAGCCCCACGUAUGCACUCCGCAGCACAGAAGAAAAAAAAGUAACCAAUAUUUUAUCAGGUAAGUUAAAAGGCAUGGGCAAAGACAUUGGUAGGAAGCUUAUCGAGCGAGUGCUCAUUUACAAAAACGAUUUUAAUGAUCUUAAGGACAUGGCCAAACUGGUCGGAAGAGAUGUGUGGUUAGUUUUGUUCAAUAAACAUGUGGACAAAAUACAGACUUACAAAAAAGGGGUUUAUGUGCUCACAGACAACGACAUGGGUACUUACUUAAACCACUUACUCCUCGACAACGACACGAACCACAAGUCCAACUUUACUCACUACGUGCUUGUGCUCAUACUUGGAAUCAUCAAGGGGGUUUUGAAGCGGUUCCGCGUGAAGAGUUCCGUCACCUACACCCUGGACUAUCCCACGUGCUCCUUCCAAAUAAAUAUAAUUGACGAUUCACAAGGCGGAUAUGCACUCCCAUCCUUAGAAGCACCAAAUCGCAUGAUGUGA